AUGAACAUUGGAACAAAUGUGUUACCUGGAGGCUUCUGGGGCCAAACACCUGGCACUGAGGCUGAGAGGUGGCCCCCAACCUGGGGAGCAGCGUGCCUCUCUGAGACGUGAAUGAGCCUGGGUGACACGUCACAUCUUGAGGAGCUGCCACUUCAUCAGAGACCAGCUCUAGUCAGCCAGUGACCACCUGAUGCCCUCUGCCCACCUGGCCCCGCUGGGCCCAUGCCAUGCUGGUUACUGUGUACUGUGUGCGGAGGGACCUCUCUGAGGUAACCUUCUCCCUCCAGGUCAGCCCUGACUUUGAGCUCCACAAUUUCCGGGUCCUCUGUGAGCAGGAGUCCAGAAUUCCCGCUGAAGAGAUGCAGAUCAUCUACAUGGAGCGACUCCUCGUCGAUGACCACUGUUCUCUGAGCUCCUACGGCCUCAAAGACGGUGAUGUCAUUGUUUUACUUCAGAAGGAGAAUGUGGGACCUCGGCUUGCAGGGCGGACCCCACACCAGCAUCGAGUGGAGUUCAGCGGGAUCGCUGUGCCAGGGACGUCAAGCUCCCGGCAGCAGCAGCACCAGCAUCAUCGGACAACGUCAGCCCAGCGGUCCCGCGGCCUGGCCUCGGGUGAGAAGAUGGCUUCUGCUCAGGGUCUGGACAGCCCUGCUUUGAUCCGCAGCAUGCUGCUUUCCAACCCCCACGAUCUAUCCCUGCUGAAGGAACGCAACCCCUCUUUGGCAGAAGCUCUGCUCAGUGGAAACCUGGAGACGUUUUCCCAGGUCCUGAUGGAGCAGCAAAGGGAAAGGGCCUUGAGAGAGCAAGAGAGGCUUCGACUGUAUACUGCAGACCCAUUUGAUCAGGAAGCUCAGGCCAAAAUAGAAGAAGAAAUCCGGCAGCAGAACAUCGAAGAAAACAUGAACAUAGCAAUGGAAGAGGCUCCGGAGAGUUUUGGACAAGUGGCGAUGCUUUAUAUUAACUGCAAAGUGAACGGAUAUCCUUUGAAGGCUUUUGUUGACUCGGGUGCCCAGAUGACCAUUAUGAGCCAAGCUUGUGCCGAGAGAUGUAACAUAACAAGGCUGGUGGACCGAAGGUGGGCUGGGGUGGCUAAAGGAGUGGGCACGCAGAGAAUUCUCGGCCGUGUUCAUCUGGCCCAGAUUCAGAUCGAAGGCGAUUUCUUACAAUGUUCUUUCUCCAUACUCGAAGAACAGCCCAUGGAUAUCCUUCUAGGGCUGGAUAUGCUCAGGAGACAUCAAUGUUCCAUUGAUUUGAAGAAAAAUGUGCUGGUGAUCGGCACCACUGGCACGCAGACUUACUUUCUUCCUGAGGGAGAGUUACCCUUAUGUGCUAAGCUGGCAAGUGGGUCUGGGCAAGAGGAGUCUUCAGACAAGGAAGUAGCAGAUACUAUUAAACAUUCAGUCAAAGAUUCAGGACGAAAAAAGCACUGACGCAGGCUACCACUUGAGGGAGUCUCAGGUCACAGAAAUGACACGAUGUGAGCUCACUGACAAUGAGAUCAUUAAAAACGACAGUAAACCACUGAAAACCUGGCCUUGGG